AAAAUAAGGUUACCCAUCUAAUGUGAAGGGCAGUUAGCAGGAUCGAAAGUCCCUCAGAUGUUUUGGGUUUGUUUUGUUUUGUGGUUUUUUGUUUUGGUUUGGUUUUCCCUGUGUAACUUGUAAAAUCACCGGAAAGGCUUCAUAUGAAAUCAUGAGAUCAUAGAGUAACUUAGGCUGGAAGGGGCCUUCAAAGCAGGGCUGACCUCAGAGUUGCACCAAGUUUCAACUCUGCAAUUCAAGCCUCCUCCAGCCGAGACUUGAUUUAGGAGGUCCUUUGCGUGAGUACUCGGCAUCCCGAGAGGCGAAUUAGAAGUAACCUGUGUGCACCGCCGAAAGUCUUGGGAGGAAUUUGGCAGGAUGAAGCCUGUCAUUGUGGUGCAUGGUGGAGCUGGCCGGAUCUUUAAGGAUCGAGAAGAGGGAAGUCGUGCUGGUGUUGUCCGAGCUGUGCUUCGAGGUUAUGGUAUUCUGAAACAGGGAGGCAGUGCCUUAGAUGCAGUUGAGGAGGCAGUACGAUCAAUGGAAGAUGAUCCUCAUUUUAAUGCAGGCUGUGGAUCUGUUCUAAAUGAAAAAGGUGAAGUAGAAAUGGAUGCUAUUAUCAUGGAUGGAAAAAAUCUAAACUCUGGAGCAGUAUCUGCAGUUAAAUGUAUAGCAAACCCAAUAAAAGUCGCUCGACUUGUCAUGGAAAAGACGAAGCACAUGCUGCUGACUGACCAUGGAGCACACCUGUUUGCGCAGAGUAUGGGUAUUCCUGAGACUCCAGGAGAGAAGCUCAUAACUGAGAGAUCCCUGCAGAGAUGGAAGAAGAACCUCGAACCAGAUUCCAACCCAGAAGAGCUUCAGAAAGACCUUGGAACAGUUGGCGCUGUUGCUAUAGACAGUGAAGGAAAUGUAGCUUGUGCAACAUCCACUGGAGGACUCUCUAAUAAACUGAUUGGCCGUGUUGGUGACACAGCAUGCAUAGGAAGUGGAGGUUAUGCUGAUAACUGUUCUGGUGCCACUUCAACCACCGGACAUGGGGAGAGCAUUAUGAAAGUGGUCUUAGCCCGACUGAUCCUCUAUCACAUGGAGCAAGGAAUGUCACCAGAGAUGGCUGCUGACACUGCGUUAGACUACAUGAAGGCACGAGUUGGGGGCUUGGGGGGUGUCAUUGUUGUUAACAGCUCGGGAGAGUGGGCAGCAAGGUUCUCCACCAAGCAGAUGUCCUGGGCUGCUGUAAAGGAUGACCAGCUGCAUUGUGGGAUUUAUGCUGGGGAGAGGCACACAAAAUCUGUGGACGAAGCACUCUCAUCUGAAAGCGAGGGAUUCUGAGAAUGAAGAAAUAUUGACUGAGGAAGAAUGAAGAUCUCCAGCUUUUGCUAGAGGACAACGAUGGUUGAUUUCAUCUUUCUGAAAUAUCUGUACUCUUUUGAUUGGUUCACAGGCAUUGCCGCAUUUACAGUUAAAGUGAAACCUGGAUGUAGUUUGUCAGCAGUCGUGGAUAUAUGCAGUGUUUAAUAAUACCUCUGGGAAGUCAGGAGACCCUCCUUUUCUAGAUAAGAAAGAGAAUGGUCAGUAGGUUUCUUGGGCUCCCUUCAAUGCAGGAUUAAGCAAGUUUCAGUAUUACAGGAACUCCUUUCCAUGCCCAUUCUCAGAGACUGCUGCCAGGAUGAUUGGAGAGAUGAAUGCUUAUUAAUUAAAAACUGAAUUUGGAAAAUUGCAUUGCAUUUUGAGCAGUCACCCCGAGAUAACACAGUGCUAACGGUCAGUGAAAUACCCCCAAACAGCAGUGAAGAGUUAGGGCUACGUCAUCGUCACAGGCUUGAGGUAACUGUCAGGGGAAAUAAUAAUGAAGUAAAGAAAAUUCCUUUUCUCCAGAGUUGGGAAAUGCGAUGCU